AUGAGUACUACUGCUACGACCAAGGGUGGCCGGGGGAAGCCAAAGGCUUCCAAAUCUGUCUCCCGAUCUCAGAAGGCCGGUCUUCAAUUCCCCGUCGGAAGGAUCGCGCGUUUCCUGAAGGCUGGGAAGUAUGCCGAGCGCGUCGGCGCCGGCGCCCCCGUUUACCUUUCGGCCGUCCUCGAGUAUCUCGCUGCCGAGGUGAGGUUUCACGUUCCCGCGCUGAUAUCUCUGUUUUGACGUCUAUGAGGGAUCUGUGUUCCAGUCUGAUCGCUAGAUGUAUGUUCCUGUUUUUAGGUUCUUGAACUGGCCGGAAACGCUGCAAGGGACAACAAGAAGAACAGGAUCGUGCCGAGGCACAUCCAGUUGGCUGUACGUAACGACGAGGAGCUGAGCAAGUUGUUGGGGGCGGUGACGAUCGCCAAUGGAGGCGUGCUUCCCAACAUCCACCAAACGCUGCUGCCUAAGAAGCCGGGGAAGGGGAAGGGUGACAUCGGAUCUGCCUCUCAGGAGUUUUAG